GCAGGCUUGGGUAAGAUGGGGGAUCGACAAAGCCUAGGCCUCGAAGUGAGCCUUCACAAUGAGGUAGACAGUCGUCCCUCUGGCAAUGGGUCCGAAAGCUCAGACGGUGGAAAUUCCGCAGAAGUGCCACCAACAUCCUCGGGGAGGACGAACGAUGGCAACAUGAGUGACCAACACGACGCUGCGACGCCUCUGGCCUCCGGCGAUCAUACGAGUCAGCCGAGUUCUGUAAUGCCAGGUGCAGCACCUGAGAGUACAGAGUUGAAGGGCAACAGCGAUGGCGCAGCGAAUAGUGCGCGCCCAGAGCUUCCUCCUGCGAGUGGCCAGAAUCUUCUAUCUAGACAAGGAACUAUCGCAGGCAGCGACGAAGCUCAUAUUGCAGCUUCGGCUCCGCAGACAAGCGAGCCUGCGAGAGCGCCGUCGGCAGUGGCUCCUACAGUCGAUAAUGAAGCACUAGGUCUGGGGCUCACCGGCAGCGGCCAAGAGCGUGCAACCGGUGCAGUGUCGGGGUCGCCACUCACCUCUGAGGAAACUCUGCAGUCAUCCAAAGGAGGCGCCGGCGCGCCGACCGCUUGUGUGGGACUUUCGUGCAUGGUGUCCGCAUUGGGAGUUCCCAAUUGACAGGAUAAAAGAAGAUGGAGAACAACGUGCAGCAUGCGUCCAGUUUUGGUUUAUGUAUGAAUAUGUCACUAUGAUGUUUGUUGCCGUAUCUACUUGAGAAGUGCAAAUGCAAAUAUUAAUGGACGCCACUCAUUCCUAUUUAUCUUUCACGAUGAAAAGUCAAGCACUAAGUUGGCCCUUGUUUAGGACGCGAAAAAUUUGCCGAGCAUGGCGAAUUGAUAGAGUCUUGAACUUCGCAGCCCUCACUGAUUUCAACGCGGCAACGAAAAUAGAUAGGAUACUGAAGAGAAGAACGUCACACACCUUAUACACGGAAAGAACAACACAAAAACUAUACGCUUGACUCAGCAAAUGAACAUCAGCCAAUCGGAGAGAAAGAUAUCAAGUAGAGACAAAGACUACCUAGUAGCAGCUGCAGAAUGAGUGAACACGCAGAUGAAGAUCAGACUCCUCUAUUUCUCACUCCGGUGAACCUGUCCGAUUCAUU